GAUUUCAAGGCCCUCUGUAACGUCGCUCGGAACCAAAAACAAAACCCUCUGUCACUACAAAACACCAUCGCAACGUCUCUCUGUCUCCUUAGUUCGUUCGGUAUCGCCUCCUCCACUGUCGACCUCGGUGGAUAUCUCUCGGUAUUCAGAUAUAAACGUUAUUGCUGGAAUCAUUUGUUCAUCACAUUGGUUAUUUCUACAGUUCAGUCAACAAGAGCGAAAGAUGCUCGGUGAUGGGGGGGAAUCCCCUUCUCGCUAUGAAUUGCUGAGUAUGGUGAAGAAACAUUCGAACUUAAUAGGGAGAACUAUAGUAGAUGAACAAGAUGCUUCCGACGUUGAAAUGGAUCAAAGGUUUUGGCAUGACGUUAUGGAUUUGUAUUUUAUUGGUGGGAGGGAGUCGAAGGACCAGCAGGAUGACGAUCUCUUAUUCUUUGUUAAAAAAAUGAGCUUGCAUCAGCAUGGCAAUGAUAAUUUGGAGGGAAACGCUCCUUACUUUGUUCGCAGGUGGGCUGUGAAGUUGGAUGAUUUAGUUGGAGAGAGCUCAAUGAUUGUAGAUUGGAGGCGGUCAUUAUACUUGAACCUAAUUGCCCACACUUCAUAUAGUGUAACAGUGGCAAUUUGCAGUCAUCAAUCCCUUCAGAAUCAUCAGAGUAGCCAACAAACACCACUAUCUCCUAUAUACAAGAUCGUGAAAACCGUCUAUGCAUCUCCAAGCCGUGUUAAUUUUCACCUGGACUCAAGAAAGGAAGUAGAGACAAAACCUGCAUAUCCAGAGAUAUGUUUUGCAGUUGAUGACUUUGAUUCUACCUUUGAUGCUGUAGUUUUGACCGAUACAGAUCACUGCUACUGUGUACUUCUAAAUGCGGUCGGUGGGGCAGCAUUUCCCAGAGAAAAGCCACUACAAGAUGAUAAUUCUAGUGAAAAUUCCAGUCCGAAACAUAAUGUGGAUGCCGGAAAAACUAAUAAAACGAAGCUUACUCUUUUCUCGGGAUUCGUCAGCUACCAAAUGGUUCGUGAAGCUUAUGAUGCUGGGAAGUCUGGAUUCGAAAGCUUAUUGCCAUUUGGUCAUUCUUCUGGCAAAACAGACAGGAUAUACAUGAAAGGUCCUGGAGGUCGUGGGGAAGUUGAGGUGGCGGUUUCUGGCGUUGUAGAUAGGAGCCUAGAUGAAUCUGGCCCUCACUCAUCCCUCAAUACAUCAUCGCAAGGAGGAAAUAAGUUCGGUGCAUUGGUUCGCAAAGCUGCAUCUGUGGCUCAGGUGGCUGCAAAAAACGCAUAUGCCGCUGCUUCCUCAAAUCGGAAUUCAGAUGGAGGGAUGGUCCCACUCAAAUGCUGCCUCAUGUCCAUAUCACUUCCUUGGGAACAUAUUGCUUAUGAUCUGCUUUUUAAGGGAAGCGCGCCGGUCAACUUGUAGGAGAAGAUGGGGGGCAAGUAUGUUUGUUACGAAUGUUGUAUAUAUAGAUAUCGUUUGAUUUGUUUGUAUCCAAAUGUUGUUUUUCGGUCCUUUUUAUGGGAAGCUUAUUAUUUGUUUGCAAAUGUGUAAUGUAUUUUCUAGAGAUUUAAGACCUUUAGAGGCCAUGGCAACUACAUGUUACUGACGCUAGAUGCUAGAAAUAAGUUCCGGUUAAUAUGCAGAUUGGCCCAUGAAAUGGUGGAGUAAUGAAAUCACCAUUUGU